UUUUUUCUGCCAUGCAAACAAAUACAUACCAUUGUGAGCGUUCUCAGUCUCUCUCCAUCGAUAAAAGCUUUCACACGACGUGCUCUCUACUAACUCCGGACAUCUGACUCCUCCUGCCCCAAUGAAAUCAAGCGGGUCAAUCGGCGAGCACAUGGUCGCUCGCUUAUGUCUUCACUUGGCCACUUGACUAGGGCUCUCAUUCUCAUAUUCUCGCUAGCCGCAGAGCCAACAGCGGCCGUGGUCUGCAAGCCCUAAACACCUCUACCCAGCUUCAUUUUACCUCUCUUUUCACUACCAGGUCUAGUAUAUAAUACUUGAUUUAUUGGUGACGACUGUUCCUCGGAUUAAAAUUCCGUGCUUUGAUUGUCCAGAUGCCGGAGUUGCUAACUUUUUUGGUUCGAUUGAUUUGGGUUUGAGGUUUUAAAAGUCUUCAAUCAAGGAUAGUAGGUGAUAUGGAUUCGGGUUUCAAUGGAUUCCCCAAUUCCAUAAAUGGCUUCAAAUUCACUAAUGGCGAUAUGGGUUCCCCCGAUUCAGAUCGGUACUCGAAUCUUGUGAAUGGGUUCAGUUUGAAUUACCUUCCUUCUUUGGAUCACAAGUUCAUUUAUGUCCCCAUGAUUUCGCCAGAUAGCAAUCCUGUUCCAUCAUUGAGCAUGGAGGGAGAGUCUUCCUCUGAUGACGGUGACUUCUCUGAAACCGUGUUUAAGUACAUAAGCCAGAUGCUUAUGGAAGAGGACAUGGAAGACAAGCCCCCCAUGUUUCAUGACCCGAUAGCACUACAAGCUGCAGAGGAAUGCCUCUAUGAUGUUCUUGUUGACAAGCACCCCCAUUCCCAGGAUAAAUCCUUUUUUGAUAAUAAACAAAUUGCUGAGAGCCCUUAUGCUGGGCUUUACAAUAGUUCCAGUGACUAUAGUAGCAAUACCAAUUAUAGUUCCUCUACUGGUGAUCUGGUUUAUCAUCGUUGGAAUGGGGAUUUUUCUGGGGUAUCCGAACCAUCUUUGUUGCAAAAGCCACUGCUUCCUUCUGAAUAUGUUCCACAGUCUGCUGCUAUGUCAAAUCCACAACCAGGAGUCAACUCUUCCAGUAGACUUUCUAGUAAUGGUGAUGGGCUGGUAUGCUGUUCUACGAAUUUGCCUUUGGUUCCAAAUUUGUUUGGCGAGGAUGAAUCAGUGUUGCAGUUUAAGAGAGGCAUAGAGGAAGCUAGUAAGUUCCUUCCUAGAGGAAAUAAACUGGUAAUUGAUAUGGAGAAUCCAAAAUCGAGGGAAAAUGCUCAGAAUACUCUAAUCAAGGUGGAGAGGGAUGACACAGAGCAUUCCCCCAAUGGGUUCAUAGGAAAGAAGAGUCAUGAGCGGGAAGGUGAAGAUUUUGAGGGAAUAAUAAGUUACAAGCAGUCUGCAGCCUCCUUGGAUGAGGGUGAGCUGAUUGAGAUGUUUGACAAGGUAUUGCUUGGUGUUUGUGAAAGAAAAGAGCCUUCUGUGUGUGUACAUGAUGAGGUCUCACAGAAGGGGGAAAGCAAGAACCUGCAGCAGAAUGGGCGUACAAAUGGAUCUACUGGUGUGAAGACUAAGGCUAAGAAACAAGGUAAAAAAAAGGAAGUGGUGGAUUUGAGGGCUCUCUUGAUUCUAUGUGCACAGGCUGUCUCUGCCAAUGAUCGUAGGACUGCUGGUGAACUCUUGAAACAGAUAAGGCAGCACUCUUCUCCGUUUGGUGAUGGCUCUCAAAGAUUGGCUCAUUGCUUUGCUAAUGGCCUGGAAGCACGUUUGGAUGGGAUUGGAACACAGAUGUAUACUGCUCUGUCCUCAAAGAGAAUGCCGGCUUCUGACAUGCUGAAUGCCUACAAACAUUAUAUUUCAGUCUGCCCAUUUAAAAAGAUUGCAAUUAUUUUUGCCAACCAUACUUUUAUAAAAUUAGCUGAGAAGGCCAAUACACUUCAUAUUAUAGAUUUUGGCAUCUUUUGUGGUUUCCAAUGGCCUCCUCUUAUCUAUCGUCUCUCUAACAGACCUGGUGGGCCUCCCAAGCUACGCAUCACAGGUAUAGAUCUUCCCCAGCCUGGAUUUAGGCCAGCAGAAAGGGUUCAGGAAACAGGGAGACGUCUGGCUAAGUAUUGUGAGCAUUUCAAGGUACCAUUUGAAUACAAUGCCAUAGCACAGAAAUGGGAGACUAUUCGAGUUAAUGAUCUCAAGAUUAGAAGUGGUGAGGUUCUUGCUGUAAAUUGUCUGUUUAAAUUCAGGACCCUACUUGAUGAGACAGUUAUAGUGAACAGUCCGAGAAAUGCUGUUCUGAACUUAAUUAGGAAGAUAAAUCCGGAUAUGUAUAUCCAGGCUAUUGUCAAUGGAUGUUAUAAUGCCCCUUUCUUUGUAACUCGGUUCCGGGAGGCACUCUUUCAUUUUUCAUCGCUUUUUGAUAUGUUGGAUAGAGUUAGCAUUCCCAAAGACAAUCAGAUGAGGUUAAUGUUCGAGAAAGAAUUCUAUGGGAAGGAGGUUAUGAAUGUCGUUGCAUGUGAGGGCAUGGAGAGGGUUGAGAGACCCGAGACUUACAAGCAGUGGCAAGUCCGAAACCUGAGAGCUGGAUUCAAGCCAUUGCCGCUUCAGUCUUAUCUAAAGAAUAAAUUGAGGGGUAAGCUGGGGGAAGGCGGCUACCACAAAGAUUUUAUGGUUGAUGAAGAUGGUCACUGGGUGUUGCAGGGGUGGAAGGGCAGGAUCAUUUGUGCUUCCUCUGCUUGGGUCCCUGCAUAGAACUGGAAAAGCUUGUUUCCCAGAUUCACAUCAAGAAGUGGGCAGGCAUCACCUAGUUUCAAUUAAGGUGGAGCCAUUUAUCUUAACAAGGUGGAAGUAGAAUCACAGUAGUAUAUGCGGAUGAGGCAUCCUGACAGGCUGGCACUCUGGAACCUUUUUCCUUCAUGACAUGUUGAAUAUGAUUAUGCAAAUUCCAAGCCAUCUAUCUCCAUGAUUUGAAGUACGAAAUCUGGAGACGAACUAGCAGAAGGACGUCAUUGGCAAGUUUCUUUUGCACCAUCAGUUGUUUUUGAGGAGUGUACGUUGAGUCUGAUAUAUAUGUGAUCUUUGGCCAGCUGGGACGUUUUAUAUGAUGAACGUUCCCUGCCAAAUAUCUCAUGUAAGCUAAUCUAUUGCAGUUUGUAGCUUCUUUUGAUUAGUUUGUGCUUGUUGCCCUUAACUAGUUGAUUAUAACAACACCCCCGAUGGUGCAGUGUCUGUAUAGUGCUGUUGUGUUGCUUACCUUCUUGUUAUUCCUGUUUCUUUCUUGUCACUGUAUUGACAAUGGUAUGGUAGUGAAACACUCUCUGAUCAACAGUUAAUGUUCAGCUUAUCUAUAUCUAUUCAUUAGU